GAAUGGGGCCGGGAAUGUAAUCCCGGGGAUUGCUGUUAGUCACGGCUGCUCGUGCAGGGCACUGUGUGGCUCUGGGGGGCUUCAACACGGAGUUACUACAGUAAGAGUGAAGCAGGGUGCAGCAAUGGAGUGUGGGAGAGGGCCCUGCUCGGGAGCGGGAGCGUGUCCGGAGUGGAGGCUGCAGGAGGGUGGAGAAAACCGAAAGUACACAGGGGCUGCGCAGCGUGCGGCAGGAGGAGCGAGCGCAGACCUUGCUCCCGGCAGGAUGGACGCUCCCGCUGCCUUCACAGACGCUGAGUUUUACCAGCGCAGCUUCGACCCGCAGGAGUAUCUGAGGGAAUUCUGCAGCUUGAGCAACGCACAGGGGCAGCCAAACACGCUGCUCACGCAGAGCCUGAGGAGCCUCUCCAAAAUGUUCUCCCUGGACGGGCUCAGUGGCCAUACCCUGAUAGACGUCGGCUGCGGCCCCACCAUCUACCAGCUUCUGUCCGCCUGUGAGCGCUUCCAGGAGAUCAUCGCCUUGGACUACACAGACCGGAACCGCCAGGAGCUGGAGAAGUGGCUGAAGAAUGAACCGGGAGCCUUUGACUGGAGCCCGGUGGUGAAAUACGUGUGUGAGCUGGAAGGGGACAGGGAGAAGUGGGCUGAGAAAGAGGAGAAACUGAGGAAGAAGGUGAAGCAAGUUCUGAAGUGCGACGUGACCAAAGCCAACCCCACGGCACCCGUGUCCCUGCCUCCUGCUGACUGCAUCGUGUCCACCCUCUGCCUGGAGGCUGCCUGCAAGGACCUGGCCACGUUCCGCAGCGCCCUGAGGAACAUCAGCACCCUGGUGAAGCCGGGCGGGCACCUGGUGAUGGUGACGGUCCUCCAGGAAACCUUCUAUGCCUUCAACAAGCAGGUUUUCUCGUGCCUCUGCCUGGAGAGGAGCAUGGUGGAGGAGGCUGUGGAGGGUGCUGGCUUUGACGUGAAGGUCAGCGAGGUGCAGCCGUACCUGCCCGGUGAUGCCCGCACGGACUGCAAAGCCGUGUUGAACCUCGUGGCACGCCGGCAUGCCCCCAGCACUGCGUAGCAUGUGGGCUCUGGGGGGGGAAGCAGCAGCGUGCCCUGUGUCCAAAAUCCCUGCCCAUGUAACCCACCGCCUCCCAGCAGCAAAUAAACUCAUGAGUGCUCCA